GCCACGUGAAAAUCAAGGAGCUGAGACAAGGCUACCACAAGACCAAAGAGGCAAACGGACGCUCCGGAUCCCAUUCCCAGACAUCCCGUUUCUACGAGGCACUGCAUUCUAUCCUAGGUGCGGCCGCCACCACUACCCCACCACUGACCGUGGACUCUGAGGAUGGGAUAUUGUCCACGGCCGGUUCCUCGGACAUGUUAGCGGACGGGGAAGAUGAGGAAGGAGAUGAGGAGGACGAGGCAGUCAACAGCGCUUACAACGCUGAUUUCCCCGACAGCCAGGAUCUCUUCAUCACCCUUACAGAGAUCCCCUACCAACCGUCCCCAGCCGUUAAACCGGACACAGAAUCUGGGGAAGGAUCAGCCACCACAUCUGCGACUGUCUCACAACCUAGCCUGGCAUCACACUCCCAGAGGCUAGCGCAGAUUAGGCGUAGGAAGAAGAGGACACGGGAGGACAUGUUCUCGGAACUUAUGGGCUGCUCCCGAGCCCAGGCAGCACAGCAGACCCAGUGGCGGGAGAACUUGUCCCAAAUGCACCGAUCACACAUGGAACGGGAGGAGAGGUGGUGGCAGGAAGACCAGCAGGCGACUCAAACGCUGCUUGGACUAAUGAGGGAGCAAACGGACACGCUCCAGCGCCUUGUGGAUGUUCUGCAGGAACGGAGGCAGGAGGACAGAGCCCCGCUGCAGUCUAUCUGUAACCGCCCUCCCCCGCCACCAAGUCCCAUUCCCCCCUCACCCAAAGUCCAAAGAAGGAGGGGCGGCAGAGUCCGUGCAAACUCUCACUCCACCCCUGCAGACUGCUCUAGUAGUAGAAGGCUCUCAUUCCCCAAAAUUUGACAAGUCCUUUCCUUCCCGCCUCACACAAGCCCCCGUCCAAGUUUCACCCCCCAGUUUCAUGUGUAGU